CACCUCCAGGCGCUUCCAGGCAGCCCUCCAAGCUGUGCCAGAGCCCCAGCCUGCCAUUCUCCCCGAGCCAUGAUGAAGACCUUGUCCAGCGGGAACUGCACGCUCAGCGUGCCCGCCAAGAACUCGUACCGUAUGGUGGUGCUGGGCGCCUCACGGGUGGGCAAGAGCUCUAUUGUCUCCCGCUUCCUCAACGGCCGCUUCGAGGACCAGUACACGCCCACCAUCGAGGACUUCCACCGAAAGGUCUACAACAUCCGAGGCGACAUGUACCAGCUGGACAUCCUGGACACGUCCGGCAACCACCCCUUCCCUGCCAUGCGCAGACUCUCCAUCCUCACAGGUGAUGUUUUCAUCCUGGUGUUCAGCCUGGAUAACCGCGAGUCCUUUGACGAAGUCAAGCGCCUCCAGAAGCAGAUCCUGGAGGUCAAGUCCUGCCUGAAGAACAAGACCAAGGAGGCGGCGGAGCUGCCCAUGGUCAUCUGCGGCAACAAGAAUGACCAUGGCGAGCUCUGCCGUCAGGUACCCACCACCGAGGCCGAGCUGCUGGUGUCCGGGGACGAGAACUGCGCCUACUUCGAGGUGUCGGCCAAGAAGAACACCAACGUGGAUGAGAUGUUCUACGUGCUCUUCAGCAUGGCCAAGCUGCCCCACGAGAUGAGCCCCGCCCUGCACCGCAAGAUCUCCGUGCAGUACGGGGACGCCUUCCACCCCAGGCCCUUCUGCAUGCGCCGCGUCAAGGACAUGGACGCCUACGGCAUGGUCUCGCCCUUUGCCCGCCGCCCCAGCGUCAACAGUGACCUCAAGUACAUCAAGGCCAAGGUCCUUCGGGAGGGCCAGGCCCGUGAGCGGGACAAAUGCACCAUCCAGUGAGUGGGAGGGACGCUGGGCUGGGGCUAGGGCAGUGCCUUACGGGAGGUGGUCCCAGGUGCCCGCUGCCCGUAUGUCCCCCCCCCCCCGCCCCUCAACAAGACCCCGACAGCAGCCGUGUUCGAAGGCCUCUGGCGCCAGACUGG